AUGCAGGAUCCCGAGUCUGCCGGCCCAGGUCGGGUUUUUUUAACCCAAAUACCAUAAGCGGCGUCGUUCGAGUCUGCCCAGCCCAAGUCUCGCCGGUUACAGAAGCAAAAAAAAAAAAUCUCUUAUUUAAAGUCCGCCUAUUUUCUCAGUGUGGACUUACUCAAAGCUUGUUUGACGCCUGCUCUUUGUUCGAUCGCAUUUUCCUCACUCUCUGUCCGAUCAGUCUCUUUUACUUGUCUCUGAGUUGAAAGCCAACAGUAAUGUCAGAGACAGCUCUGAGAGAUCUCAACGCCAUACCUGGAUCUGAGAAGAAGAAUGAAAGCUCUAGCAAAGGGAGCAUAACUAAGCCCUUAGCUGGGAAUGCUAAUGAAAAUCAGGAAGAAUGCCAGAAGAAAGCCACUGCUGCUUUGGGUGCACUUUCUAUAAAUGGUGCCGAAGUUGCGAAUACUGGUGUUGAGAUUGGAAUUGCAGAAGUAGAAUACAUUGAGUCAGAGAAUCUGAAUGAUCUAGAGGAUGUUGAUACAAGUCUCAAGACACUCGUAACUGGACUAGAAUCUAAAGAUUGGGUUCUGCUGUGUGAAGCACUCAAUAAUGUGCGUCGGUUUUCUAUAUUUCAUAAGGAAGCCAUGCUUGAUAUGUUGGGAGAUGUGAUCUCACUGGUGGUAAGGUCUCUGAAAAAUCCAAGAAGUGCUGUUUGCAAAACUGCAAUUAUGACAUCUGCAGAUAUUUUCAAUGCUUACAACGAUCUUGUAGUUGAUUCAUUGGACCCUCUGCUUCUACAACUGCUUCUUAAGUCUUCACAAGACAAACGAUUUGUAUGUGAAGCAGCCGAGAGAGCUUUAGUAGCGAUGACCACUUGGGUUUCCCCUCCAUUGCUGUUACCAAAGUUGCAACCAUAUCUGAAGAACAAAAAUCCUAGAGUUCGAGCAAAGGCAUCAAUGUGCUUUUGCCGAAGUGUUCCACGACUGGGCGUUGAAGGCAUCAAAGUUUAUGGGAUUGACAAAUUCAUUCAGACAGCUGCAUCCCAGCUUAGUGACCAGCUUCCGGAGUCGAGGGAGGCUGCUCGAAUUCUCCUCCUGGAGCUGCAGACUGUUUAUGAGAAAUUUAAUGAUCUCACCACAGCAUCAGUAUCUGAGCAUCCAGAACCGAGCUCUUGGGAGAACUUUUGUCAGUCAAAACUCUCGCCUCUUAGUGCACAAGCUGUUCUUCGGGUUACCAGUAUCUCUCGGGAAGGUCUCGUUAUGGGCUCCUGACACAGGUUUAUAUUGAACACGCACGAGUUUGAGUAGUAUUAUCUCCAUUUUGCAACAUAUAUGAGCUUUAGCAAGCCUAUAUCUGCCCUUGAUUUGAUUUGGUUCAUCAAAAUCUUUUUCAUUUUUCGCGUCUGUAAAUUCUUUGAAAGGUUGAUAUGUUUGGUAUUAUGGUGGGAGCACGUGGUUGAUCCAGAAUCGUAUGAUCAUAUUCUUCACACAUGUCAUUAUUACAGCUAGGCCUUGUUCCUUCAAUCAACGCUGUUGAGAUGUUUCUUUUUUCAAUCA